AUGCUUAGAAGGAUAUUCCCGUUUCAGCUGUGUCCACAAAAAGCCUUGAGGAAGUUUGAGAAGAAUGAAGUCACAAACAGAGGUAAUUCACAGUCUUUGUUGGACUUGUAUGUUUUGGGACAGGAGGAGACUGAAAAGAAUGACGGGCGACUUGAAGCUUGUGCCGAAUGUUCUGGAGAGUUCACAUCAUCGGUGAUGUUACCUGUUUCUCUGGAGCAGGAAGAAAUGAAUCAGAGCCUGGACCCACGGAACAACGGUCGGUUGUACGCGCAUCAGCGUUGGAAUCAGUGCCUCGACCCACGGAACAACGGUAGGUUGUACGCGCAUCAGCGUUGGAAUCAGUGCCUGGACCCACGGCACAACGGUAGGUUGUACGCGCAUCAGCGUUGGAAUCAGUGCCUGGACCCACGGCACAACGGUAGGUUGUACGCGCAUCAGCGUUGGAAUCAGUGCCUGGACCCACGGCACAACGGUAGGUUGUACGCGCAUCAGCGUUGGAAUCAGUGCCUCGACCCACGGAACAACGGUAGGUUGUACGCGCAUCAGCGCUGGAAUCAGAGCCUGGACCCACGGAACAACGGUAGGUUGUACGCGCAUCAGCGUUGGAAUCAGAGCCUGGACCCACGGAACAACGGUAGGUUGUACGCGCAUCAGCGUUGGAAUCAGUGCCUGGACCCACGGCACAACGGUAGGUUGUACGCGCAUCAGCGUUGGAAUCGGAGCCUCGACCCACGGAACAACGGUAGGUUGUACGCGCAUCAGCGCUGGAAUCAGUGCCUCGACCCACGGAACAACGGUAGGUUGUACGCGCAUCAGCGUUGGAAUCGGAGCCUCGACCCACGGAACAACGGUAGGUUGUACGCGCAUCAGCGCUGGAAUCAGUGCCUCGACCCACGGAACAACGGUAGGUUGUACGCGCAUCAGCGCUGGAAUCAGUGCCUCGACCCACGGAACAACGGUAGGUUGUACGCGCAUCAGCGCUGGAAUCAGUGCCUCGACCCACGGAACAACGGUAGGUUGUACGCGCAUCAGCGCUGGAAUCAGUGCCUCGACCCACGGAACAACGGUAGGUUGUACGCGCAUCAGCGCUGGAAUCAGUGCCUCGACCCACGGAACAACGGUAGGUUGUACGCGCAUCAGCGUUGGAAUCGGAGCCUCGACCCACGGAACAACGGUAGGUUGUACGCGCAUCAGCGUUGGAAUCGGAGCCUGGACCCACGGCACAACGGUCGGUUGUACGCGCAUCAGCGUUGGAAUCGGAGCCUCGACCCACGGAACAACGGUAGGUUGUACGCGCAUCAGCGUUGGAAUCAGUGCCUGGACCCACGGCACAACGGUAGGUUGUACGCGCAUCAGCGCUGGAAUCGCAUCCUGGAUGAACGUCCACACGCGCAUCGUCGAUGGAACCGCAGCCGGAUAGAUGAACGUCCACACGCGCAUCGUCGAUGGAACCGCAGCCGGAUAGAUGAACGUCCACACGCGCAUCGUCGAUGGAACCGCAGCCGGAUAGAUGAACGUCCACACGCGCAUCAAUUAAUGAACUGA